CCGCUUCGGUGGGGCGGGCGCUGCGCGGCGGCCGCCAUGAGCGCGCCCGCGCCGCAGCCCCGGAAGAAGCGGCGGUGCCAGGCGCCCGCGCCGCAGGACGCCCCACCGCCUGCCGAGCCCCUGCCGCUGCGCGGCGAGUGGGCGGAGCCCGGCGCCAGGGCGCGGCUGCGCGAGCAGUUCCAACAGGCGCUGCCCUUCCCGCACGUGACGCUGCGCCCUUUCCUGGGCGAGCCGGGCCUGAAGGCCGUGCGCGGAGACCUGGAGGCGCUGCCCGCGAGGGAGAAGGAGACCGACCUGUUCCGCUUCUUCCAGACGGGCGACCUCGCCCCGCUCGCGGGCGGCCUGGGCGAGGAGGCGGCGCGCGGGCGCCCCGCUGGGCCGCCCGGCCUCGCCGCUCUCCAGGGCUCAAGGGAUUUCUGGGACGAAGCCGUCCCUGAUUGGGAGAUCGUGGUCAUGAACGGCACCGGGGAGUGGAAGAAUCAUGAGCGGCGCGCCCACGCCCGCGGGCGCGGGCGCGGCCGGAGGCGCGCGGCGCCGGGCGCGCCGGCCGCCGAUCGCACGCCGGCGCUGGCGGCGCUGGCGCGGUCGUUCGCGUCCCCAGAGUUCCGCAGGCUCUGCCAGGAGAUCACCGAGUGCGGAGAGCUGUCCGACCGCCUGGAUCAUCUCGAGCUGCAGCAGAUUCGCAUCAACUUCCGGUUGACGGGGCAGAUGCGCAAGUACGUGCACAGCAGCUUCAAUUCCAAAUGA